AUGAGUGAAGUUUACAGAGGGAGAGCUCCAAACAUCGAAAUCAACAAAAUCACUCGCGAAAAAAUAAAGUUCACUCUUUCAGGUGUCGACUCAAGUGUCGCUAACUCUUUGCGUCGCGUUAUGAUCGCAGAAGUCCCUACAAUGGCCAUUGAUGUCGUUCAUAUCCACACUAACACAAGCUCCCUUCACGACGAAUUCAUCGCUCACAGACUUGGCUUGAUCCCUCUCAUCAGUGAAAACCAAGACAACUACGAUUUUCCUCGUGACUGCAAGUGUACAGGCCACUGUGAACAUUGUGCAGUCCAGUUCCGACUCAAAGUAAAAAAUCAAGAAGGUGGUGUGUUGGAUGUGACGUCCCGCGAUCUUCGUCACCUAUCACAACAAGGUAACGACGUCCGUCCUGCUGACUCAGACGGCCCAAUCCUCAUCCUAAAACUCAGAAAAAACCAAGAAAUUGACAUUACUUGUAAUGCAAGAAAAGGGAUCGGCAAAGAGCAUGCCAAAUGGUCACCAGUUGCUACAGCUGUUUUUAAAUACACCCCAGAUAUAUACUUAAAUCAGCAGAGACUUGAAAGCCAGUUCACUGCAGAAGAAAGAAAAGAAAUAGUUAACAGCUGUCCUGUAGGGGUUUAUAAACUGAAUGAGGAAAGCAAUAUUGAGGUUGUGAAGCUGAAUAAGUGCAUGUUUUGUGAGGAAUGCAUGAGAAAAGGAGAAAUGAUUAUUACCAGAAGUGCUUCUGCGCUGCUGAAUGUGCAUGAUAAUGUUGUGAGGGUUUCACAGCUGAAGGAUAGGUUUAUAUUCAAAGUGGAAAGCUCAGGAGCGUUGAAGCCGGAAAGCAUUGUAAGUAAGGCAUUUACAAUAUUGACAAAGAAAUUAGAUGAUAUCAAGCAGUUGAUUCCACCUUUAAUAAAUACUAGAUAA